AUGGCAACGAACGGAAAUGGAGCUCCGACGGAAAAGGUCAACACCGACAUUGUCACUCUCACGCGCUUCCUGACCGAGGAGCAAACCAAACACAAAGAAGCCACUGGAGACUUCACGUUACUCUGCCACGCCCUACAAUUUGCAUUCAAAAGCAUAGCAUAUUACAUUCGACGUGCUACCCUCAUCAACCUCACUGGUCUUGCGGGCUCAUCAAAUACCACGGGCGACGAUCAGAAGAAGCUUGAUGUGAUUGGAAAUGAUCUGUUCAUCAGCGCGAUGCGCAGCUGUGCAAGAGUACGCAUGUUGGUCUCGGAGGAGGAGGAGGAGGUCAUCAAGUUUGAUGAAUUUCCAGAUGCCAGAUAUGCUGUCGUUUGCGAUCCUAUCGACGGUUCGUCCAAUCUAGACGCAGGUGUAUCGGUCGGUACAAUCUUCGGCAUCUAUAGACUCGAGCCAGGGGCGCAGGGGACAAAAGAAGAGAUCCUGAAACCUGGAACGGAGCUGGUGGCUAGUGGAUUUACCAUGUAUGGAGCCUCGACGCAAUUAGUCAUUACCACAAAGGACGGUCCUGUCACUGGCUUCACCAUGGACAAUGCGCUGGGCGAGUUCAUCAUGACCCAUCCCGACAUGAAGGUUCCGAAGCAGCGCGCGAUCUAUUCGGUGAAUGAGGGUAACAGUCUUUACUGGGAAGAGCCGAUCAAGGAGUGGGUCAACAGCCUCAAGGGAUCUGAAUCGAGCAAGCCAUAUAGCGCGAGAUACAUCGGUUCCAUGGUGGCAGAUGCUUACCGUACUCUAUUGUACGGAGGUAUCUUUGCGUACCCAGCAGACAAGAAGAGCCCCAAGGGAAAGCUUCGUAUUCUGUACGAAUGCGCUCCUAUGGCUAUGGUUUUUGAAAAUGCUGGUGGUCAGGCUGUCAAUAGUAAGAUGCAGCGCAUGCUUGAGGUUCCGCCCGAGCAUAUUCACGAUCGGUCCGGCAUCUUCCUGGGCAGUUAUGACGAAGUGCAAAAGGUGAUUGACACCUACAACAAGUACCAGAAAUAA